CCCGAGGCGGGCGGACCUACGGACGGGAUGGCGGCGGCUGAGUGCGCGCGGGGCUGGCCACUGCGCUUUUUCCCGCUGCUGCUGCUGCUGCUCCAAGUCUUGUGUGACGCUGCUCCGGACCCCGAGGCCCCGGCUGGGCUCAGCCUGCACCCGCCCUACUUCAACCUGGCCGAAGCGGCCAAGAUUUGGGCCACCGCCACCUGCGGGGAGCGAGAGCCCGGCGGCGGACGGCCCCGGCCCGAGCUCUACUGCAAGUUGGUGGGGGGCCCCACCGCCCCAGGCCGCGGCCACUCCAUCCAGGGCCAGUUCUGUGACUAUUGCAAUUCUGAAGACCCCAGGAAAGCACACCCCAUCAUUAAUGCGAUUGAUGGAACAGAACGUUGGUGGCAGAGUCCUCCUCUGUCCUCAGGCACACAGUACAACAAGGUCAAUGUUACCUUGGAUCUGGGGCAGCUCUUCCAUGUGGCCUAUGUUUUAAUCAAAUUUGCAAACUCUCCUCGCCCUGACCUUUGGGUCUUGGAAAGAUCUGUGGACUUUGGAAACACCUAUUUACCUUGGCAAUAUUUUGCUCAUUCUAAACGAGACUGUUUGGAACACUUUGGACAGGAGGCAAAUCUGGCCAUCACUAGGGAUGAUGAUGUGCUUUGCAUUACUGAGUAUUCUCGUAUAGUUCCUUUGGAGAAUGGCGAGGUUGUGGUGUCCUUAAUAAAUGGCCGGCCAGGUGCAAAGAAUUUUACUUUUUCUCCAACCCUGAGGGACUUUACCAAGGCAACAAACAUCCGCUUGCGUUUCCUUCGAACCAACACGCUCCUCGGGCACCUCAUCUCCAAAGCACAGCGAGAUCCAACCGUCACGCGUCGAUAUUACUACAGCAUAAAGGACAUCAGCAUUGGUGGGCGGUGUGUUUGCAAUGGCCACGCUGACGUGUGUAAUGCAAACAAUCCUGAGAAACUGUUUCGGUGUGAAUGUCGGCACCACACCUGUGGAGAGACCUGUGAUAGCUGCUGCGCUGGCUACAAUCAGAGGCGGUGGUGGCCGGCUACUUCGGAGCAGAGGAAUGAGUGUGAAGCAUGCAACUGCCAUGGUCAUGCCAUCGACUGUUACUAUGAUGCAGAUGUUGAGAGGCAGCAGGCAAGCUUGAACAUGCAAGGCAUCUAUGCAGGUGGAGGAGUCUGCGUUAACUGUCAGCAUAACACAGCUGGUGUAAACUGUGAAAUGUGUGCUAAAGGCUAUUACCGCCCUUACGGUGUUCCGGUGGACGCCCCCCAUGGCUGCAUCCCUUGCAGCUGUAACCCUGAACAUGCAGAUGGCUGUGAGCAAGGCUCGGGCCGAUGUUACUGCAAGCCGAACUUCCAAGGAGACAACUGUGAGGAGUGUGCGGUUGGAUAUUAUGAUUUCCCAUUUUGUUCAAGAAUUCCCAUUUUUCCUGUUUCUACUCCUAGUCCUGAAGACCCAGUAGCCGGAGAUAUAAAAGGGUGUGAAUGCAACUUGGAAGGUGUUCUCCCUGAAAUAUGUGAUGCCCGUGGAAGGUGUCUCUGCCGCCCUGGGGUGGAGGGCCUUCGGUGUGAUACCUGUCGCUUAGGUUUCUACUCAUUCCCUAUAUGCCAAGCCUGCUGGUGCUCAGCACUUGGCUCCUACCAGACACACUGCAGCUCAGUGACCGGGCAGUGCGACUGCCGACCGGGAGUGACAGGACAGCUGUGUGACCGGUGUCUCUCAGAAGCUGACGUGUUUCCUCACUGCCAAGGGUCCCACAGUGACUGUGACAUUGCUGGUACCACCAAGCCCGGUUUGGGGUAUUGCCAAUGCAAGCUUCAUGUUGAAGGUCCGACUUGUAGCAUCUGCAAACCAUUAUAUUGGAAUUUGGCCAAAGAAAACCCCAGUGGAUGUUCAGAGUGCCAGUGCAAUGUGAUGGGAACAGUGAGUGGAAUUGGAGAAUGUGGGCAGGGAGAUGGUAACUGUCACUGCAAGCCCCAUGUCUGCGGUGGUUCCUGUGACAUAUGUGAAGAGGGAUAUUUUGCCUUGGAAAACAGCAAUUACUUCGGAUGUCAAGGGUGUCAAUGUGACAUUGGUGGGGCUCUAACCCCCACGUGCAGUGGGCCUUCUGGAGACUGCCAGUGCCGACAGCAUGUCGUGGGGAAGGCAUGCCAGCGACCUGAAAACAACUACUAUUUUCCGGAUUUGCAUCAUAUGAAGUAUGAGAUAGAAGAUGAAACUACACCUAUUGGAAGACACGUUCGCUUUGGCUUUGAUCCCCUGGAGUUUCCUGAUUUUAGCUGGAGAGGGUAUGCCCAGAUGACCUCAGCACAGAACGAAGUAAAGAUAAUGUUGAAUAUGGAGAAGCCAAACCUCUCCUCAUUUCGUGUUAUUUUGAGAUACGUUAACCCUGGAAUUGACACUGUAUUUGGCCGUAUAACUCUAUAUCCAUCCCGGUCGAAGGCAGGUGCUGUUCAAACCAAAAAGAUCAUCUUCCUGCCGAGUAAUGAGCCAGCCUUUGUCACUGUCCCUGGAAACGGUUUCUCAGAACCAUUUUCAGUUGUACCAGGAAUAUGGAUUGCUUGUAUCAAGGUGGAGGGAGUCCUCCUGGAUUACGUCGUGCUGCUACCCAGGGACUACUAUGAAGCAUCAGCUUUGCAGCUGCCAGUCACAGAACCAUGUGCCUCUUCAGGACCCACCCAGGAGAACUGCCUGCUUUACCGGAAUUUGCCGCUCACCAGAUUCCCUUGUGCUCUGGCUUGUGAAGCCAGACAGUUCCUGCUGGAUGGGGAGCUGAGACCCUUAGCCAUGAGGCAGCCCACCCCGGCACACCCCAUCCUAGUGGACCUCAGCGGGAGAGAGGUGGAGCUGCGGUUGCGGCUGCAUGUCCCACAGGUGGGCCACUAUGUGGUCCUGGUCGAAUAUGCUACAGAAAUCAACCAACUGUCUGUGGUUGAUGUGGACGUGAAGAGCCCCGGGUCUGUUGCAACAGGUCAGGUGAACAUCUAUAGCUGCAAAUACAGCAUCCUGUGCCGGAGUGCUGUGAUUGACCCCGCACACCGCAUUGCUGUGUAUGAGCUAUUGGCAGAUGUGGACAUUCAUAUCAAGGCGCACCUGGCCUCAUUACUCCUGCAUCAAAUUUGUAUCAUACCAAUUGAAGAAUUCUCAACUGAAUAUGUGAGACCCCAAGUCCACUGCAUUGCCAGUUAUGGGCAACUUUUAAAUGAAAGUGCCACCUGUGUCUCCCUGGCCCACGAAACUCCUCCGAAAGGAGUUUUGGUUUUGAAUGCCCCAAGUGCUGAGCCUUCUCCUCUUCUGCCCCAGGAUCCUCUACCUUCUGCUAAUGUUGUUUCUGGGAUCACCUUGAAGGCACCACAGAAUCAGGUGACUCUGAGAGGACAUGUAGCACACCUGGGCCGACAUGUCUUUGUCAUUCAUUUUUGUCAACCAGAGCACCCCACGUUCCCUGCACAGGUGUUUGUGGAUGGAGCGCGGCCAUGGUCAGGUUCCUUCCAUGCCUCUUUUUGCCCCCAUGCACUUGGCUGCCGAGAGCAAGUCAUCUCUGGAGAUCAGGUUGCAUUGGACAUCUCAGAGCCUGAAGUUGCCGUGACUGUGAAGGUUCCAGAAGGGAAGUCCUUGAUACUGGUUGGUGUUCUAGUAGUGCCCUUGGAGAGUGACGACUCCCAAUUACUACACCAAAAAUCUGUGGACAAGUCAUCAGAGUUUAUCAACAACUGUGGAGGAAACAGUUUUUAUAUUAACCCCCAGACAGCCUCCGGAUUCUGUAAGAACUCCGCCAGGUCCCUGGUGGUCUUGUACCACAAUGGUGCAGUGCCCUGUGAGUGUCACCCUACUGGAUCCCUGGGCCCAGGCUGCAACCCAGAGGGCGGGCAAUGCCUUUGCAGGCCUAACAUCAUCGGGCGGCGGUGUACCCGCUGCCAAACUGGCUACUACGGAUUCCCACACUGCAGGCUGUGUAGCUGUGGCCGACGCCUCUGUGAGGAGACCACGGGAGCAUGCCUCUGCCCACCCCACACGGUCAGGCCCCAGUGCGAAGUGUGUGAAAUGAAUUCCUUCAGCUUCCACCCCCUGGCCGGCUGCGAGGGCUGCAACUGCUCCAGAAGGGGCUCCUUGGAGACCACCAUCCCAGAGUGUGACCAGGAGAGUGGGCAAUGCAGAUGCAAGCCUAGGAUAACAGGGCGGCAGUGUGACCGGUGCUUUUCUGGUUUUUACCACUUCCCUGACUGUGUCCCCUGCAACUGCAACAGAGAAGGAACGGAGCCAGAAGUCUGUGACCCAGGAACUGGAGUUUGCUUCUGCAAGGAAAAUGUGGAAGGUACACACUGCAGUGUAUGUCGAGAAGGAUCAUUUUAUUUGGACCCAGCCAAUCCCAAGGGCUGUACCAGCUGCUUUUGCUUUGGAGUGACUAAUCAUUGUACCAGUACACAUAAGCGAAGAACUAAGUUUGUUGAUAUGAUGGGCUGGCUUCUGGAGACGGCAGAUCACGUGAACAUCCCCACUUCAUUCAACCCUGGCAGCAACAGUGUGGUCGCCGACAUCCAAGAGCUGCCUGCAACAGUUCUCAGUGUGUCCUGGGUUGCACCUCCUUCAUACCUGGGGGAUAAGAUUUCCUCAUAUGGUGGGUAUCUCACUUACCAAAUCAAAUCCUUUGGAUUGCCCAGUGACAUGGUUCUUCUGAGAAAGAAACCAGAUGUGCAACUCACGGGUCGGCAGAUGUCAGUGGUCUAUGAGGAUCCGAACAGCCCCCGACCAGACCGGCUGUAUUAUGGGCGAGUCCAACUGGUGGAGGGGAACUUCAGACAUGCAGGCAGCAGCGCGCCGGUGUCUCGGGAAGAGCUGAUGACAGUGCUGUCUAGACUGGAAGGUGUGCGCAUCAGAGGCCUCUAUUUCACCGAGACGCAGCGGCUCACCCUGGGCGAGGUGGGGCUGGAGCAGGCCUCCGACUCAGGAAGGGGAAGUGUAGCACAUCAUGUAGAGAUGUGUUCCUGCCCCCCCAGCUAUACUGGUGACUCAUGCCAGGGAUGCAGCCCUGGGUAUUAUCGGGAUAACAAUGGCUUGUCUACUGGACGGUGUGUUCCCUGCAAUUGCAACGGGCAUUCCAAUCGAUGCCAGGAUGGCUCCGGGAUAUGCAUUAACUGUCAGCACAACACUGCUGGGGACCACUGUGAACACUGUAAAGAGGGUCAUUACGGAAGUGCCACCCACGGAUCCUGCAGUGCCUGUCCCUGUCCUCAUACAAACAGUUUUGCCACUGGCUGUGUUGUGAAUGGAGGCAACGUGAGGUGCUCCUGCAAACCCGGAUACACAGGGACGCAGUGUGAAAGGUGUGCACCAGGAUAUUUCGGGAAUCCCCAGAAAUUUGGAGGUAGCUGCCAGCCAUGCAGUUGUAACAAUAAUGGCCAAUUGGGCAGUUGUGACCCCCUGACUGGAGACUGCUUAAACCAAGAACCCAAAGAUAGUGGCCCUGGAGAAGAAUGUGACGAUUGCGACAGCUGUGUGAUGACACUCCUCAACGACCUGGCCACAAUGGGUGACGAGCUCCGCCUACUCAAGUCUCAGCUACAGGGCAUGAGUGCCAGUACAGACGCUCUGAAGCAGAUGAGGGAACUGGAGACCCACACCAAGAACCUGAGGAAUCAAUUGCUGAACUACCGUUCUGCCAUUUCAAAUCACGGAUCGAAAAUGGAUGGCCUGGAAAAGGAACUGAGUGAUUUGAAUCGUGAAUUUGACACUCUGCAAGAAAAGGCUCAAAUCAAUUCCAGAAAAGCACAAACAUUAUAUAACAAUGUUGACCGGACAAUACAAAGCGCAAAAGAGCUGGACACAAAAAUUAAAAACAUCAUCAGGAAUGUUCACAUUCUUGUAAAGCAGAUAUCUGGGACAGGUGGAGGGGAAAACAACCUGCCUUCAGGAGAUUUUUCCAGCCAGUUGGCUGAAGCAGAACGCAUGAUGAGGGAAAUGCGGAGCCGCAACUUUGGAAAGCAGCUGAGAGAAGCUGAAAUGGAAAAGACGGAGGCUCAACUCUUGCUGACUCGAAUCAGGAGCUGGCUGGAAAACCACCAGGUGGAGGACAGUGGACUGGUUAGGAGUAUCCGGGAUUCUUUAAAUGAAUAUGAAGCCAAACUCAGUGAUCUCCAGGGGGCGCUACAAGAAGCAACUGCCCAGGCAAAGCAGGCCACUGGUCUUAACCAAGACAAUGAGAGGGCUUUGGAAGCCAUCAAGAGGCAAGUUAAAGACAUCAGUUCCCUACAAAGCGAUUUCACCAAGUAUCUCACCACUGCAGAUGCUUCCUUGCUGCAAACCAAUGUCAUGCUGCAACUCAUGGAGAAAAGCCAGACGGACUAUGGAAAAUUAGCUACCACUUUAAAUGGAGUAAGACAAGAACUGAGUGACAAAGUGGCAGAACUUUCCAAAUCUGCCAACAAAGAAUCGCUGGUGGUGGAGGCAGAGAAGCACGUACAGUCUUUACAGGAGCUGGCGAGACAGCUGGAAGAGAUCAAGAGAAACACCAGUGGGGAUGAGCUAGUGCGCUGUGCCGUGGAUGCUGCUACCGCCUAUGAGAAUAUCAUCAACGCCAUCAAAGCGGCUGAGGAUGCAGCCAACAAGGCCAUGAGCGCAUCCGACUCUGCUCUCCAGACAGUGAUAAAGGAAGCUCUUCCAGGAAAAGCCAAAACCCUGAGUUCUGAUAGUGAAAAACUGUUAAACGAAGCCAAGAUAACGAAGACGAAGCUGAAGCAAGAAAUUGGUCCAGCCCUCAGCAACCUACAGGAAACACUGCAAAUUGUGACUGCUCAGAAAGAGCAAAUAGAGACCAAUAUCACUACUGUUCGUGAUGAUCUUCGCGGGAUACAGAGAGACGACAUCAACGAUAAGAUCAAUAAAGCCAAGAGCAUGGUCCAAAAUGCCAAUGACAUCACAAGUCAGGUUCUGGAUGGGCUCAGCCCCAUUCAGACUGAUGUGGAAAGAAUUAAGGAUACCUAUGGGAGCACCCAGAGUGAAGACUUCAACAAGGCUCUGACUGAUGCGGAUAACUCAGUAACAAAAUUAACCAACAAACUACCAGAUCUUUUGAGCAAGAUUGAAAGUAUCAACCAACAGUUGUUACCACUGGGAAACAUCUCUGACAAUGUGGACCGCAUACGAGAACUAAUUCAGCAGGCCAGAGAUGCUGCAAACAAGGUUGCCAUUCCCAUGAGGUUCAAUGGGAAGUCUGGAGUUGAAGUCCGACUGCCAAAUGACCUGGAAGAUUUGAAAGGAUACACGUCUCUUUCCUUGUUUCUCCAAAGACCCGAAUCACUAGAAACUGGGGGGACUGAGAACAUGUUUGUGAUGUACCUUGGGAAUAAAGAUGCCUCCAAGGACUACAUUGGCAUGGCAGUCAUCAAUGGUCAGCUCACGUGUAUCUACAACCUUGGGGAACACGAGGCUGAGCUCCAAGUGGACCAGACCUUGACCGAGAGUGAGAAUCAAGAGGCAGUUAUGGACCGCGUGAAAUUUCAGAGAAUUUAUCAGUUUGCAAGACUUAAUUAUACCAAAAAAGCCACAUCCAAUAAACCAGAAACAUUCCAGUUCCAUGACAUGGAGAGUGGAAAUAGUAACACGCUUCUCAACUUGGAUCCUGAUAAUGUUGUGUUUUAUGUUGGAGGUUACCCAUCUGAUUUUAGACUUCCCAGAAGACUAAAAUUUCCUCCUUACAAAGGUUGUAUUGAGUUAGAUGACCUCAAUGAAAAUGUUCUGAGCUUAUACAACUUCAAAAAAACUUUCAAUCUUAACACCACCGAAGUGGAGCCUUGCAGAAGGAGAAAUGAAGAGUCAGAUAAAAAUUAUUUUGAAGGGACAGGUUAUGCUCGAGUUUCAACUCAAUCAAAUGCUCCCUUCCCAACCUUUCUACAGACAAUUCAAACAACUGUGGAUAGAGGUUUGCUCUUCUUUGCAGAAAACAAGGACCACUACAUCUCUCUGAAUGUAGAAGAUGGCAAACUUCUGCUGCGAUACAAGCUGGAUUCACAGCCACCAGAAGAAGGAAGAAGCAAAGACCCCAUCAACGAUGGGACAGAUCAUACAAUUCGGAUAAACUUUUCAAAAGUCCGAAAAACUGUGUUUGUGAAUGUGAAUGCUCUGAACUUUAUCAGAGUUGAAGGUGAAAUCUUUGAUUUCAACACAUACUAUCUGGGUGGAAUUCCAAUUUCACUCAGGGAAAGGUUCAACAUUUCUACACCUGCUUUCCGAGGUUGCAUGAAAAAUCUGAAGAAAACGAGCGGUGUUGUUAGGUUGAAUGAUACUGUGGGGGUGACAAAAAAGUGCUCAGAAGACUGGAAGCUUGUGCGAUCGGCCUCUUUCUCCAGAGGAGGGCAAUUGAGUUUCAGCAAUUUGGACCUCCCAUUGCCAAACAACUUCCAGGUCUCAUUCGGGUUUCAGACCUUUCAACCCAGUGGCAUAUUGUUAAAUCAUCAAACACGGACAAGUAGCCUGCAGGUCACUCUGGAAGAAGGUCACAUUGAGCUGAGCACCAGGGAUAGCAGCAGCCCCAUUUUUAAAUCUCCCCAGACGUACAUGGAUGGUUUGCUGCAUUAUGUGUCUGUGAUAAGCGACAACUCUGGACUCCGGCUUCUAAUUGAUGACCAGCCUCUGAAAAAUAACCAAAAGCUACAAGGAUUUUCAAAUUCCCCACAGUCUAUACGUCUGGGCGGGAGUCACUUUGAGGGUUGUAUUAGCAACGUUUUUGUCCAGAGAUUAUCACAUAGCCCUGCAGUUCUAGAUUUGAUCCACCCAUCUUCCAAGAGAGAUGUGUCCCUGGGAGACUGCAGUUUAAAAACACCACCUUUUCUAAUGUUGCUGAAAGGUUCCACGAGGUUUAACAAAGCCAGAACUCUCAGUGUCAACCAGCCAUUGCAGGACACACCUGUGGCCUCCCUGAGGAGCACGGAGGUGUGGAGAGAUGCACAGUCUUGCCAGCUACCUCCCCAGGCCCAGGCCAGUCAUGGAGCUCUUUGGUUUGGGGACAGUCCUACCAGCCACUUGACAUUCACACUUCCACAGGAGCUGCUGAAACCCAGGUCACAGUUUUCUGUGGAUGUGCAGACGACAUCGUCCAGAGGGCUCGUGUUCUACACGGGGACCAAGAACUCCUUUAUGGCUCUGUAUCUUUCAAAAGGACGCCUGGUGUUCGCAUUAGGAACACAAGGGAAGAAACUGAAACUGAAAAGCAAAGAGAAAUGCAAUGAUGGCAAGUGGCACACGGUGGUGUUUGGGCAAGAUGGAAAAACGGGACGCUUGGUUGUGGAUGGUCUGAGGGCCCGAGAAGGAAGUUUGUUUGGAAAUUCCACCUUCAGCAUCGGAAUAUCAGUUUACCUGGGAUCUUCUCCAUCAGAGAAACCAAAGAGCCUUCCCCAGAACAGCUUUGUGGGAUGCCUGGCGAACUUUCAGUUGAAUUUAAAACACUUGGAUACUCCCUCCACAAGCUUUGGGGUGUCUCCCUGCUUGGGGGAUUCUUCAGAGAAAGGCGUUUAUUUCUCCCAAGGAGGAGGCCAUGUCAUACUUGAUAAUGCUGUAUCGUUGGGUCCAGAAUUUAAGCUUGUUUUCAGCAUUCGCCCGAGAAGUCUCACUGGGAUCCUAAUACACAUUGGCCAUCACCAGGAGAGGCAUUUAUAUGUUUAUCUGGAGGCAGGAAAGGUCACAGCCUCUGUGGACAGUGGGGCAGGAGGAAUCUCUACAUCAGUCACACCAAAGCGGUCUCUGUGUGAUGGACAGUGGCACUCGGUGACAGUCACCAUAAAGCAACACAUCCUACAUCUGGGACUAGACACUGACAAUAACUACACAGCUGGACAACUCACCUUCCCACCUGGCAGCACUCAAGAGCCACUACACAUCGGGAAUGUCCCAGCCAAUUUGAAGACGCUGAAGCUGCCUGUGUGGAAGUCAUUUUUUGGCUGCCUGAAGAAUAUCCAAGUCAACCACAUUCCUGUACACAUCACUGAAGCUGCCCAAGUCCAGGGGACUGUCAGUCUCAAUGGCUGUCCUGCCCACUAA